GUGCUAAAUCGGGGUCGAAAAGGCAUCGGUUGGCAAGCAGAGAACUCGACCACCACUCUGCCAUAAUUUUGGAUAAUGAUACGGGGAAAGCGAGGUUGCCAGAAUAAAAUCCCAACUAUUUCAUAAUCUGAAAGCGCCAUCUAGUCCGUUCAUACGUUCCCGAAAUAUUCCCUGAAGUCCCACUUCUCGUCGACAGUACAAGAAGGCAAGUUCAGUACAACACACAAAAUGGCGGACCUUAGUGCCAGGGAUAUCGAAAGAGCUAACUUCGUCUUCUCCAUUUACGACUUCGAAGGAAAUGGCACAGUCGAUGCCGUUAACCUUGGAGAUAUGCUUAGGGCCCUCAACCAAAACCCAACCUUGGCUUUUAUUGAAAAAUUAGGUGGAACAAAAAAGAAGGGUGAGAAGAAACUCAAAGUAGAAGAAUUCUUACCCAUUUACGGUCAAGUUAAAAAAGAAAAAGAACAAGGCACCUACGAGGAUUUCUUGGAAUGUCUGAAAUUGUACGACAAAGAAGAAAAUGGUAAGAUGAUGGCUGCUGAACUUGCACACACGCUUCUUUCCCUUGGCGAAAGGUUAACAGACGCUGAAUGUGACCAAAUCCUUAAAGACUGUAUGGACAAAGAAGACGAUGAUGGAUUUAUUCCAUAUGCUCCUUUCCUCAAGAACCUCAUGGCAUAAACAAUUUAUCUACACUAAUUUUAUUCUCCUUUUUGAGUGGUCG